UUUGAAGAAGCCUGUUCUUUGACUUGUAUUAUAUUUCCUCUUUAUUAUAUAUUUCCCCACUGUCCAAACACCAAGUUUUCUCUGCUUCCUCAGACACAAUAAUAUACAACCCAUCCAAGUCUUUUCUGGAAGAAACUCAUCUCUCCUUGCUUUCUCAGCGAAAAUAUCUAAGAUCAUGGGUAGAGCUCCUUGUUGUGACAAAGCGAAUGUGAAGAAAGGGCCAUGGUCGCCUGAAGAAGAUGCCAAGUUGAAGGAGUAUAUAGAGAAACAUGGCACUGGAGGCAACUGGAUUUCUCUCCCACAGAAAGCUGGUCUAAAGAGAUGUGGGAAAAGUUGCAGGUUGAGAUGGCUGAACUAUCUCAGACCCAACAUCAAGCAUGGAGAAUUCUCUGAUGAUGAAGAUAGGAUAAUUUACACUCUCUUUUUUAACAUUGGGAGCAGGUGGUCAAUAAUUGCAGCUCAGUUGCCUGGGAGGACUGAUAAUGAUAUAAAGAACUACUGGAACACCAAGCUGAAGAAGAAGCUCAUGAGCAUGGCUAAUCAGUCUCAAAGAAAGUUACUUCAUCACCAAGCUGCAACCUUUUCAUCUCUUCUUCAAACAUCUUCAUCACCAUCAACAUCUCCAUCGCCUCAACUUUCAUCACCAUCAUCAACAAUAUCGUACACCAACAACAACACUUAUUACACCACCCAGGCCACAACUUUCAGUUCUCUUGAUCCACCAAAUUCAUUCUCAAACACUCAAUUGGGCAACAAUUCUUGCAUCACUGCCGGCUCAAACAUCCUCCAGGUCCCCCAAGAGAGUACUUUGUUGAGUCCUAUCCAGCAUUAUCAAGUGAAAGAUAGUGGCUUGAUGUUUGGAGGCGAUCAAGCAGCCACCAGUUGCAGCCCCUCAGAUGCCACCAAAGAAUUAGAUUAUGAUUAUGGCGGAAGAGGGAACGGUAACACCGAUCAAAUGGGUCUGCAGAAUUGUUUUUAUAUCUCAGAUGGUGGUGGUUGUGGUUAUAGUACUCAUGAGCAAAAGCCAAAUGUUAAUGGGGGUUGGGAUGAAACGCCAUUAUUGGACUAUGGAUUUGAGGAGAUUAAGCAGCUGAUUAGUACUAGUAGUUGUAACAAUAAUAGCAUUUUGUUUGAUGAAAAAAAGACAGAAGAAAAAGUUAUGUACUACUGAUGAAUGAUGAUGAUGAUGCUGACUGUGAGUAAAAUCACGAAGAUUGUUGAAUUUAAGUUUCAGAUUUAGACUCAGUUUGUAUGUAUGACUUUGGUGUUUUCAAUGCAAUCAACUUAUAUUAUUUUCUUUU